AUGGCGCCCCCAAAGUUCAAGCAACGAGAACGACACACCAAGGCAGCCUACUCCGCUUCGCAACCACUCUUCGACGCUCUCCGCCAUGGCACCGACCGCACCAGCCAACAGACUAGCAAUCUCACACUCGCGCGCAACGUUGUACAGCACCUACACGUCCAGCACUUCAACACCGAUGGCGAGAAAGACGGCGAGGCGGUGCAUAACCGCUACAUGGACUGCGCGGUCAAGGCUUGGCAGGCGGCGACGGCAACGUACGCAGAUAUCUUCGAGGCUUUGGCGGACGUGACUGCAGCAGAGCCGGACGAGGGGAGGGGUGAGAGGGCCGGACAUGCAGAGUUUGCGGAGAUGGCGAGGCUAGCGACGGAGGCGAACGACAAGGCGAGGGAGUUUAGACUGUUCGAAGACAUUGCUAGGGAGCAGGCUGAAGCAGCAGCUGCGGCGGCGCCCACAGAAGAUGUGGAGAUAGAGGAUGACUCGAGUGCGAGCGAGAGCGUGGCUAGUGAGGGUCUUGCUGCGCAAACAAGCGCUCAGGCUCAGAAGGAAGAACUGAAGAAGAAAGGAUGGACCGGCUCUGGAAAGGAGCGGAAAUGGAUCAAGCUGGACAUGCAGAGGGACAAGAGGAGGAAGCAGAAGGAAGAUCAGAAGAGGGAAGAGCUCGGUGAGCGUGCUGCAGUAGGCUCUGCUUCGCACGAUGUCGUCGACCGGAGUGCACCCAAGGCCAACGGGACUAUUCAUCCAUCCCGCGACAACCUCUUCUUCACGGAUCUUCAAGGCGACACUGCUGCACGGGCGGGGCAAAGCAAUGGCGUGAAGUACGAAGACGUCUCUGCCGAGGUCGAUGCGCGAAUGAAGGCAAAGGACGAGGCGAGGGAGGCCAAGAAGAAGGAAAAGAAGCGCAAGCGGGAGAGCAAUGGGACAGUCGAUGCUGCUACUGCUGGAGGUGAUGCAGCACCUGCGAAGGAAGUCAAGAAGGCUAGGCAUGGUGGAGUAGCUUUCAGGGCAGAAAAGCAUAAGCACAAGAAGCGCCGCGCAGACGACAAUAACUCGGGAGGUCGGAACAAGAAGCGGAAGAAGUCGACCGACUAA